UGUGUGGACGACACACCACAUACAUGAGUAAAGAGGUGGACAGAGGAGCUGUGUGUGGAGAGCGCUGAGAGUCUUGUUGUGAUCCAGACAGAGUUAUGUACUGUGCUCAUCCUGCCUCUGGGACAGGCAACAACUCACUGAUGUACUGCUACAACAUGAAGCCAGUUUAUGGGCAGCCUCCCAGCUCUGAUGGCAACUCAACUUCACACUCAUCAAGCAAAGUCCCCAGCAAUGUGUUUGCAAGCACCUUCUUUGAGGGGAUGAGCAAUUCUCCGGACAUCUGGAGCGCCGUAAACGGGCUGAACCAGCAGGGCUAUGAAGGUGCGCUGGGGGCCUCGGCGGGCCAGCAAACACAGCUGGGGAGCUACAACAGCCUGCAGCCGACCCACGGUAACCUGGAUUUCUCUCCUCAUUCGGUGCUGGCGGCUGAAAUGAACAGAGGUUUACCGCCGAUGUCCACCUUUCACCGCAACAACACGGUGUCCCGCUCUCCCCCUGACAGCCACUCCGAGAAUCCAGCAGUCUCAGGAAGCCAAGUGAAUUUGUCAGGAGCGUCACAGACAGGCGAUACGCUGGGAAAAGCUUUGGCCUCUAUUUAUUCCCCCGAUCACACGAGCAGCAGCUUCCCCUCCAGCUCCUCUACACCAGUGAGAUCUCCUUCCCCGCUCCCAAACGCAGCUGAAUCUACAGGGAACAACUUGUGGCCCCGCAGUUCAGUUCAGCCACCGGUGUCACCGCAUUUUGAAUCCUCACUCAUAUCACUGUCUCAGGUGGAGGACCGCCUGGACAGAUUGGACGACGUCAUCCACGUUCUGAGGAACCACGCCGUGGGCCCCACUUCCUGUCUGCCCAGCGAUCUCCACGGCUUACUGGGCCAGUCCCACCACAGCCACCCAGCCAGCACCGCACCGCUCACCUGUCACACUCCAGCAAUGGUCGAAGGUGUCUCCAUGAACAACAAUCACUCAGCCUUCCAGAGCCGAACACAAAAUGGCCACCCAUAUCCGCUCAGACAGAGGAACGCAUUCCUACAAGGUGCAGGAGGAGGAGGCGGUGGCUUGGGUGUUCAGAGUAACCUGGAGUUAAAGAUGGAAAGCAGGGAAGGGGAGGAGAUGAUGCACACCAACCACGACCACGGCUCAGACAGCCCGAGAUCAGACGAGGAGAGUGAACUCAAAACACACGGAGAGAACAGCACGCAGAACAGCAUCCACGAGGACGAGGACCUGAGCCCAGAGCAGAAGGCCGAGCGCGAGCGGGAGCGGAGGAUGGCCAACAACGCUAGAGAGCGUCUGCGUGUGCGGGACAUCAACGAGGCCUUCAAGGAGCUGGGCCACAUGUGUCAGCUGCACCUGAACAGCGAGAAGCCGCAGACCAAACUGCUGGUUCUGCACCAGGCCGUGGCCGUGAUCCUUAGUCUGGAGCAGCAGGUCAGAGAGAGAAACCUGAACCCAAAGGCUGCAUGUCUGCGGAGAAGAGAAGAAGAGAAGGCGUCCAGCAUCAUGUCGGAUCCACAGUCUGUACAUCUCGCUUUCCAUCCGAGCCCGACGGACCCGUCGAACCCCAUGGGUCACCUCUGAGCACCUGUUACAGACAACUCAAAGUCUCACUUAAAGCAUUUCAUUCAUUUACAUCAACGAUCAGUUUAAAUCAAUGUACAAACUGAUAACAACGGCUUUCAAAAGGGUUCCUACCCUUUGAACGUUUUUCACAUUUUGUCACAUUACAUCCACAGGCUGCAACGCGUUUUGUUGAAGUUUUAUCAUAGCUGUGAUUUGGAGGGAAGAUAACAUUGUUUUAAAUAUUUUAUACAGAUAAAGAUUUGUAUUUAUCCCCUGUUGGUCAAUAAAAUUGAGGUUUAGCUGUACAUCUUUUGGGCAUAACAAAAGACUAAAAUCUUUGCCCAUUCUUCUUUGCAAAAUAGUUCAAGGAAAUUGGGGUGUUUCUAAAAGCAUACCAGACUUUUCAAAUUAUUGUUUGUAAAAAAUAAUAUAAUCCACUACUUGUGUUGCUCGAUAUCAAGAAAAUCCCAAUUAACAAGGUUAGUGUUUGUUACUGUAACAUGACAAAAUGUAGAGGAGUUUCAGGAAGGAUGAACAUUUUUGCAAGGCACUGUACAUGCAUGAUAUUUGAUUAACAGCCAACACUUUGUGAUAAACUUUCACAAUAUGAUUAAAUGAUUUGUAAUUCCUGUGUUUUGGACGAAUCAGAGUGGCUCCCUGAUCAGAAAGUGGGAUGCAAUCGAACAAUCAUUUCUUCUCUUCCCAGACGGACUUUUAUAACCUUGUGCCUAAACAUGACUUGUAUCAGACAAAUGCAUUGUAAGCUGCAGGUGUUUUGUACAUAUUUUUGUAGUUUUAUUGCUAAUAUUUGUGUUGCAGUACAUCAGAAUGGACUGGAGAGUUUUGUGUGCAGUCUAAAAUUGGCAAACAGGUUUGUUAGUCAUAUUUUCACAAAGCUCAGUGGGCAGACUCUGUCACGUUUUGUUUUUAGGCAACAUAUUUAAUUUUUCCUGUGAGCUCUGUGUGAAUGAGUAUGUGUGUGUAAAUACUGCAGGGGUUUGAACAUUCUGUGAAUGAACAGAUCUCCAGGAAUGUUCUUUUUAAUCUCACAUGGACAUUAAACCUGGUCUGUAAUCGUGUUUUAUAUUUCUUUAAUGCUUUAAAGGAUUUUACUUUCUGUAUCUCCAGUGGACAUAAUUCCCCUUCUUGUAAUUAUUGCUCUUCAGAUGUAGUCAAACAAACCUUAUGCAUGUUUAAGUUUUGAACUUAAAACACACAUUUUUAAGUUAUAAGUUAUCUUUUAUACAAAUAUUGUGAACUUUAUCAUGUCUUGAUGUGCUUUUAAUUAUUAUUUGUUUUUUGUGCAGUUUAUUAGCUGUACCUAAAUUUAAUGCUCUGAGCAAUAGUGUUAAAAACAAACUAUGUUCACUCACUGCAUUGUUGAACAUAAAGAAACACCAAAAUAAUUUAAAACACUUAUAACAUGUGCAGUAUGUGUACAGUUUGAGUUCCAGGCAAGUGUUGAUAUGAAAAUGUAGCAAUAAAUGUCCUUCUAAAAAUG